AUGACAGACCCAAUAUCCCCCGGGCCCUCCGUCGACGAGGUAUGCCGGCGCGCCAACGACGUGAUCGCGCGCCUGACCGGCCCACCAAAGACGCGCACCUGCCCCACACUGUGUCGGUCCGCGCCCGCCACCCCAGUGCCCUCGUCGCCAGCUGAGGCGGCGGCGAAUGCAGCCCCGGGCCCCAGCGAGCACCAGCGGCGCCUCGACGCAAGCGUAUGCGACAUGCUCGUGCCGCGCCAGCAGCCGCAGGCGUACCGUCCCACGCCGUUCUUCCAGCGCCCCGCCGCCACGCCAAGGCUGGCCCAGUCGCCACUGUCGCCGCUCAUCGCGGCGUCAUCCCCCUCCGCCCCAGCCUCCAGCCCCGCCGCGCCAGCGAGAAGGCUGGGACCAGGCGCGACCCCGUCGUCGUGCGGCCGUCCAUCGCGCCUCAGUUUCGGCGCAUCCCCGCGUCCAAGCCCAUUACGCAGCAGCGACGUCGUCGCUGCCCAGGGCGAAGCGGCGGCCGGACCCGACAACCAACCGCAGCCCCUGCCUGUGUCAUCAUCAGCCGACGGCGCCGCUGCUGCGGUGCUCCUGUCCAACCUCGCGACUGGGACGCGCGAGGCCGACCUCCGCGCCGCGUUCGAGCCGCUCGCGCCCAUCGUGCGCAUUGAGGUCGCGCUGCCUGCCGCGCGCAUCGAGUUCGUGCAUCCCGACGCUGCGGAACGCGCUGUCGCCAUAUACCACCAUUCUUGGCUGUGUGGGCAACGCAUCGUCGUUGCCCGGGCCGGUGCCAGCGCGCCGCCUACACCCACGCCGACGUCCACUCCCGCUUCCUGCGGCUCCCUCAAGCACCCGCACGAGGACGACCCGCUGGCCGACACCAAACGUCCCCGACAUGAACCUGUAGCUGCCAUCUAG